AUGUCGUCAACAAAAAGAACAAAGGGAAUAACAAUAGUACGACCAAUAGUGUAUGGUAAUGUCGCAACUCUAUUACCACAAAAAAAAGCACCAGAAUCUGAUCAUACUCAUAAAUGGACAGUUUCUAAUCCUCCUUUUGAAAUUACGGAAACUGGAUGGGGUGAAUUUGAAUUAUCGAUAAAAUUACAAUUUGUGCCAGAAAGCGGUGAAAAACAUGUAACAUUGUAUCAUAAUUUACGACUUCAUCCUUAUGAAGAAGAUGGAUCAAUAUCAACUGCUAAUAAAAAUAAACCUGUACAAAGUUUUUUAUAUGACGAAUUGGUUUUUACUGAUCCAACGGAAGCAAUGUAUCAAAUAUUAACAUCUCAUCCAUAUUCUAGUCUUCCAGCAAAAUCCACACCUAAUUCUUUAUAUACAGAACAAGAAGAAAUAAGUAAAAUUGAAGAUGCAUAUAAAAAGGUUCAAGAACAAAUCCAAACUCAUAGGUCUAAAUUAGAUUCCACCACAAAAGAAUUAGAUGAAAUCAAGUCAGCAUUAGAACGUCUUAAAAAAUAA